AGCACUUCGGUAAAUCAACACUCCAAAACCACUCAAAUCCCAGCAAAAUUCAUAGCGUAGCUCAAAUUUUCAUCGUUUCCAGUAAUUGUUUUAAUUUGUUUACAAUUUACAAACCAUACAGGUUCUAAUCUCUAAUCAAUUUCGCACAUUCAAUUCUAGUCUCGUUCAAGCAGCUGUGAGAUUUCGGAAUUGACUUUGCCAUCCACAAAUGAAGCUGAAGAUCAACAAAGCAUGCGAUCUCAGUUCCAUCUCUGUUCUUCCUCCUCACUCUAGGAGAUCGAGUGCAGGACAGAGUGGGCCAGAGUCUUCGUCCAUUUUUGGGAAAAGCCAAGCCCCACUGCAGUUGAGAUCACAUCAGCAGCAACUACAUCAAUCGCAGCAGUCAUUUUCGCAGGGAAUUUCGUCUCAGCAUGGUGUAUUUUCCCAGUUCUCGCAAAAUUCUCAAGAGGAAGCCCUAACAAACGAACUGAGAUUAGUAUCACAAGAAAGAGAGAAUUCGGUGAAGAGGAAUUCUAUUUUACCUCCAACCAAUUGCACACGAGAAGACAGUCAAAUGCAGAUAUCAAGAUCUUCCAGCAAUUUAAUGCGCAAGUGGUCAGUUCCCGAGUACAAAUGCCAAACCAGUGAAGAUAUUGAGCACAGAAUCGGAAUGGUGGAAACUUCAUUAAGCAGAUUUGGUAUGAUUUUGGAAUCUGUUCAGAGUGACAUCGUGAAAGUUAACAAGGACACAAAAGAAAUAGCACUGAACACGGAAAGCAUACGGCAGAAAUUGAUUGUUCAUGAUGACUUGCUGCAGUUAAUGAACAAAGGACAAGAAGAUAUAAAAGCUAGUGUUGAUGGCGGCUUUAAAUAUCUGUCAGAUCAACUCAAGCAAAAUAUAAAUCAAGAGAAUUUUAAGGAUAUAUUCUCAGUGAUUUCAGCUCUAUCAGAGAAAUUUGACACUCAGAUCAUGAAAUUACAAAAUUAUCUCCAUGAAACCUUCACCAAAGAAAUAAAGACAAUGGCUUGCAGCAUGAAGAUUUCUACACAAAAACAAUCGACUCUUCCAAUCCAUGCUCAAAAAGGUGUCAGCGGUCAUGCCCCCUCUCUGGAAAUGCAGCUUCCAAUGAGUGCAACGAUUCCUUCAAAAGCACAGCAAGCCGCUUCAGCACCAAAGGUUGAAAUGGGAGGCUGGACAUCAGUAAAACACAAACAACCAGCUUCCAAAGUUGAAAAUCACAAUAAGAGGAGUAGCAAGAUAAAAGUGUCACCUACUCAACUGGAGCGGGAAUGCAGAGUUGUCAUUGAAUCAGAUGAGGAAAUUGAUGAAGGUUUUUCCUGCUUACUUGAAGAAAAAGGAACAGAUGUAGGAAAUUAUUCAAUGGAGGCUGCAAAGGAAAAUACGGAGCGGAUACUGAGGAAAGCAAGAAGGAGAAAGAGAAAAUACUGCAAUACCAUCAUCAUUAACUGAAGGUACCUUAGCAAUCCUAAGUUUCUU